UAAAAGAUGACGACAGCAGCCAGACCGACUUUUGAACCUGCACGAGGCGGAAGGGGGAAAGGAGAAGGAGAUCUGAGCCAGCUCUCUAAGCAGUAUUCAAGUAGAGACCUCCCCUCUCACACGAAGAUCAAAUACAGACAAACGACACAGGAUGCCCCCGAAGAGGUUCGCAACCGUGACUUUAGGAGAGAGUUGGAAGAGAGAGAGCGAGCUGCUGCAAGGGAAAAGAAUAGGGACCGUCCAACCCGAGAACAUACAACUUCCUCUUCAGUGUCAAAGAAGCCCCGCUUAGACCAGAUUCCUGCUGCCAACCUUGAUGCGGAUGAUCCUCUCACAGAUGAGGAAGACGAGGAUUUUGAAGAGGAGAGCGAUGAUGAUGACACCGCGGCUCUUCUUGCAGAGCUGGAAAAAAUCAAGAAGGAACGAGCCGAAGAGCAGGCCAGGAAGGAACAAGAACAAAAGGCAGAGGAGGAGAGAAUUCGCAUGGAAAAUAUUCUGAGUGGAAAUCCUCUCCUUAAUCUCACUGGCCCAUCCCAGCCUCAGGCCAACUUCAAGGUUAAAAGAAGGUGGGAUGAUGACGUCGUUUUUAAGAACUGUGCAAAAGGUAUAGAUGAUCAGAAGAAAGACAAAAGAUUUGUAAAUGAUACGCUGCGAUCUGAAUUUCACAAAAAGUUCAUGGAGAAAUAUAUUAAGUAGUACAGUUUUAUGUGCUUAAUUAAAGUCUAAAAUGUUAAGGAUCAA